AGUAGAUAGGCGACCAUCGAAAGUCUGUGGAAAAUUGACACGUUUUACGUUAGUGAAAGGAGAAAUGUAGUGUAGAAAUCAGGGCUUUUUUGAUGCCUUGAUCGUUUCAUAUCUUGUUAUCUGUAGUCAGCGUGUUGUGGAGUGUUUCCAACGCUUUUCCUCUGUGCCUGCUAAGCCUCUUUAUCCCAUGAUGGGCCGUUCGGUUUUGUGUGAAUCUUUCGUGGAGGAGUACCUUCGCAACCUCAGCCGCAAGGCUGGAAUAUGCAUCGGAUUGCUCGUUGGGCAACCGUCAUCGGGCGGCAAGGAUUACAUUGUGCAUGCGAACCGCGUUAAACAUAGCGACGGUCAGGUGGACGAGGUCGUGGAUUUGCUAGAUGUGGAACUAGAGCAGAUUUCGCAGCAUGCCCUUGUGGAGACCAGGAUGCUGCCCGGCGGAAUGUACGUGCUCGGGAUCUUCGUCAUCCACACGAAAAACGUUUUCGAGGACCAAGUCCUGCUGAACCGGAUCAAGCUAAUAUUGCUAAAUAUGAAGGCUACGUUCGAUGCGAACCCUCUGCUCAUGGGUAGCUGUGAUGAGCUAGAGAAAGGCGAGAAGUUGGUGUUUUAUUAUUCGUCAACUGGAAAACAACACAGCUGCAAAACGGUUUCCUUGGCAUCCAGCAACCCGACCGUACGGCCUUGCGAUUGGAAGUUUGCCGAUAGUUUCACGAAUUGGCAUGCGUUACGUACACACUUUGAAAUAGAGGACGUCUGGAAAUUGAACCGAAAGAAUGACACAGAGCAGUACGAUACGGAAGCGAAUCUGACGGAGUGCGCCAAGCAGUUGAACGACCAGCUUGUUGAUGCCAAAAUUCUGUUCGAUGGUGCUCCAAAGCUCUCGGAAGACACGGUUGAAGGGACACUGACGAUGAAGAACGAAAAAUCAUUCCUAGUACACAUUUACCAACCAUCGCCUACCGAGUUUUUGGACGAAAAGACCAAUAUUGAACGUUACAAUGGAGCACUGAAGUUUGAUGGCAUCAUCAGCUCAGAAGUGUAUGUCCAGUCCCGGUGUACGUUUGGCGAAGUGGAGCGUUUUAUCAAAACGGACAUCGUGCGUUCGCUAAUGUCACGCGUUCAAAUCCAUUGCGAUGCGCUGGUCCAAGCGGACAACACCCCGUUGGAUAAGCUGACACUGAACGAAUUACCACGUCGCAUUUAUUUCCCACUCCGCACCAAGACAACGGGUUCUUUCCCUGUGCAGUUUAGUGACUACCUGUUUCCCGAGGAGGGCAAAGACUCCGCACCGUCGCAGAUUGGCAAUGUGCUUGAUAUAUCGUUGACUGCGAGGGACAUUGACGCCACGGUGGAACUCGUGCCCGCCGUAAAGGAGGACGAAAGGCACAGCGCGGAUGAAUGUGGCGCAGGAACGGCUGACGACGAGUUGGAUGGCAAGCUGAACGUCCCGGUGGUCGGUGGGAUCGUCGCGGUCGUUGUGUUGUUGGUCGCUUUAUUGGUGUACUAUUUGUUGAUGUAAAACGGGCAGUAAAUUUACUCGAGAGAGGACUGUAUUUUUGGCUGAUAAAAACUGUGUUGUAUGAUGAUACUGUGAGAA